AUGGUAAAAAAUCGAAGAACUAUUUUAGCGUUUGAUGAUACAUUAUCACAAGUUCCAUCAUUAAGUUUAGAUACAAAAAUUGUUGUGCUUGCCAUGUCAUGGUCACAAAAAUUCCAAACAUUAUACUUAUCAGGUAAUUUUGGCUGGGUUCGUGCUUUAGAAGUUCAUGCUCAUACUUCCAUUUCAGGCACAGCUUGUGAAUGGGAAGGAAAAUGGACAACAAGACAUAAUUCUCAGUGGAUGAAUCAUUUAGUAUGUGAUGACACUAAAGAAAUCCUAUUUGGUGCAUCAGGAACAGAUGUUUACAUCAUGUCGAUGAACGAUGGCAGCUUAUUACAGAAAUUUAAUACAGGUCAUAAAGCGAAUAUCUCAGGAAUCAGCUAUUCUCCUGAGCACUUGAUGUUUUUCACCGCAGCUACAGAUGGCAUAGUCAAGACCUGGCAAGUUUUCGAGAAAAGCGCUCUCAAUACCCAAACGAUUGACCAAGUUCGGCUUGGACCAAUACAUUUGAUCAUAGAUUCCAUGUCAAUCAUCACAGUAUCCCACGAAAGAGUCAUCCGCCGCUACAAUAUGAUGACAGGAAACCUCAUUGGCUCAUAUAACCUCGAGCCAUCUGUUCCAUUAGACAUGAAAAACGUAGAAGCGGCCAUAGACUUACAAUCCGCAAUGACCUACAAGACAGAGAAGAAGUCCUGGGUUUUCCAAAGCGAAGGCGGCAUAAUCAGGCAGUUCCAAGCCUGUUUUGCUCCGAAAGAACUUUCAAUUUGUUCAGAUGCUGUUGUUUCAAUUUUGGUCGACCACAAUGGUAAAAUUUUUGCUCUGUCGAAGACCAACAUCAUCCACCAGUUGUACGCUGACACCCAUGAAUCAACUGUCUACGAUUUGGAUACAAUGCCAAUUGCUAACACUGGAAAACCACAUACUAUUUCUGUUCCUGUUUCCGAAAUGGUUUUACACAAAGGAAUAAUUUACGUUGGUUUUUCGAACGGAGAAAUCAAAUGCUUUAAUACAAAUAACAAGCAACUGUUCGAAAUGAAUGAACCAACACUUGGUAACAGAAUAGACUCAAUGCUGCCUCUUGAAAACGUAAUGACAGUUAGACAUUCUUAUUGCAAAAAAUGUAAAAAAGUGACAACUUUAUUAUUCACUUCCACAAGUAAUGGCGGCAUUGUUAUGCAUUGUCCAACAUGCUGGGAUUAUAUUGGCAGCUGGAAGAUCUCAAAUAUCGGAAUGCUCCACAUGGAAAGGACUCCUGACGGUAAAUACGUCAUCGGAUUGGAAGAUGUUGUAAUUCAUAUUUAUAAGGUUAAUGAACAAUAUUUUGAAGAAGUUUUCACAUUGAAAUUGGACGAAUUCGAGAUCGCUCAGACCUUCAAGUUCGCAACUAACAGUUUAUUAGUUGUUUGCCUAGAUAACGGUAAAGGAAAAGUCUAUGAGUUACAAGAAGAUUUGCAUGGAAAUCCAACUUUGACACUUUUGCAUAAUAUGAAACUCCAUAAUUCUCCAUUUACUUCUAUCAUUUCUUCCAUGGAUCUACUCAAAUUCGAAGGCGGAUUGGAGCUAAUUAAGAAAGAAAAUCUUGAAGGAUAUGUCUGUUCUUUGGGAACAAAUGAUACAUUAACAAUAGCUGAUUGUAUCACAGGUAUUGUCCAAUACACGAAAGACACUCCAAAACACACAACAAACCAUGAAAUGGCAUUUAUUUUAGCAGGAAAAUUAAUGAUAGUUUUGGGUGUUGAUCAAAAUAUUCGGUUAUUGGAUUGGCCUGAUUUCCAAAGAAUUUAUCCUUCUCCACCACAUACUCCGAAGAAAGAAGAAGAGGAAGAUAAGAAAGAGUUAUCAAGUGAAGAAGAAGAUGACGAUGUUGUUCCUUUCUUCCAACAAACAACGAAUAACAUGAAAAACAAUUAUUUCAGUUCUUCAUCUUCAAGUUCUCAAGAGCAUUUCAAUUUGGAGUCAGGAGAAAACAACUUGAACAAUGUAAAUAAUGAACCAAUAUUGAGAUAUCCUGAUAUUCCUCCUGGAGGAAGAAAGAGAAUGGACUUGAUUUUCGAAGACGGACAUCCGAAAAUUGUCGUUGAAGGUGAAGAAACUUAUACUUUUAAUUUGGAUUCUCGUCCUUCUGUUGGAGAAUUGAUAGCUGCUCCUCAAUCUGAUAUAGACGCAGUGAUGCAGCACAACGCAAAUAUUAUUAAGAAACUCAUUGCUAAUGAUCCAAGAGUUGCUGCUGCUUUCCAACCACAAAAGAAAAUCAAAAGAAUCAGAGCGAAAAAAGUGGAAAAUGUCGAUGAAGAAUUCUUUUAUUCGUUCUUUUUGACGUUGGAUGUCAAAUCUGUUCCAAAAGAAGUAUUCCAAGAGAUGCACAGGAAGAGGCUUGAGAAACAGAGUGCCAGGAAAUCCAUUAAAUCUAUCUCUUCGUCAUCAGCAAGAACAGAAAACUCUCAAGAAGAAAAUGAAAGUGAUGAAAUAGAAGUUGUCAGAAAAAUUAAGCCAAUAAAGAAAAUUGGCAACAGAAAAACUCGUGAAAAUAAGAAGAAACAAAGAGUUUUCGAGAUCGAACUAGAAGAUGGAACAAUAGUACAAACAAAUGAACUAACAGCUGAUAUCCUUGCAAACUUAGCAAAUUCAGAAGUCAAUGAUCCAACAAGAGUGGCUUACAACGCAAGUAACAUAAAUGUUCCAGGAAAAAUCUUCCAAAAAGCUCUGAAAGGUCUCAAAAAAGUAUCAGAAAACAAAGCCAAAAAGCCAAUUAUUCACUUGACACAACAAGUAGCUUUGCCAAUCCAAACAAUCAUGCCAAAUGGUGUCUACAUUGGUGGUUCCGAAGCGAGACAUUUCCACAACACAAAACCAACAUUUUAUGAUGAUUGGAUUCCUCCGAAACAACCAAAACCAUAUUCCCAAUCAAUGAGUGGAGCUGAUUUCAUGCAUUGGGAAGGAGUAAGGUUCCACAAGAGGCCUGAGCAUCAUGGAUUCAUUAAGAACAUCUCGUUGAGUGAACAAUAUUUUGAUAUCAAUGAAUACGAUGAAUACGAAGAAGAAGAGGAAGAAGAAGAAACAUUGGAAUCAAUCCAGAAAAGAAGGAAUUUUGUCAACAACAUUUUCGAUAGAAGGAGACAUUCAAACCUUACAAAUAUCGAAGAAUUCGAUCAGGCAUCAGAUGAAUUCGAUCCUUCUGGAUACGAACCAAUAAAAGAAGAAAUAUUCCCUGCAUUGAAAGAAGCAAAAUCAAAUGAAAAUGUUGUCGAAGAAAAGGCUGAUACAUUUGGAGAAGAACCAAUAUUGUCAAAUACAACAAAUGAUGUCAAAGCAUCGAGUCAGAUCCAGCUAAUCAACACUUCAUUGUUUGAUCAGUGCAAUGACUCUUCCGCGAGUUUGUUUUCGAUGUCCGGAUUGAACAUUUUCGAUAACAACAACCAAAGAGCACAAAAACUCGUAAAUGAAUCUCCUUCUUUGAAGAUAUUGAGUGAUAUAUACGGAGCAAGUGAUAAUCCACUGGCUGAUCUCAUAAAGAAUGCUCCGCCAAUGUCAGCAGAUGAUAUACAGAACUUGCAACUCAACAAACUUGGUCCUCUUCCUGAAUGGACACCUUUAGCUGAUACAAUUCCAAUGGAAUCGAGUGGUCCUCAGGAAUUGCAUGGAUUCACAGUUGCUGGUGUUGCCAAUCCUAAUUAUGGUAAGGGAAGACCUCGAUCUCCUCCUUCUGGAUUGUUUACUUUGAAUGAUAUCAAUAAUUCUUUGAAUGUUGGCAAAAACUUUUUGCCGAUGAUUUCUGAGAAUUCCCAAGAAGAUUUCUUGUUGGAUUCUAUAACAGAAGCAAGUUACGGAAACGAGGAUAUUGAGCCAUUGGAUUCUCCUUCUUCUGUUGCUUCAUUCCAGAGUUCUAUUCUCGCAAAGAAACCUCCAACACCUCCAAAACCAAAGUCGGCAUCAGUUCUCCAAGUUGAAGAACAUUUGAAGAGAAAUGACUUCGCUGCUUUGAGAGAAGUACUUGAUGAAGUUGGAUUGAUAGAAGACAACACGCUGGUCGACCAACCAAAGUGGCAACCAACAAUUAACUUCUUGAGUUUCCACCAGAAAGCUCUUUCCAACAAUUCUUCGACUGUUUCUUUGUUGAGUCAUCAUUCUUCGAAGCACAAUGAUGAAGAAGAAGACAGGAACUCUGCAAUUCCUGAAACAAUUCCUGAUGAAACAACUGAAAUACAGAACCUUCCUUCCCAAGUUUCUACUGCUUCUCGCGGAAGUUUCUCCAGUCUUCCUUACGAGGCGCAGACAAUCGAAGACAGCGAUGGAUCUUCACACACAGUCAGCGGACUCAUUCCUGAAAACAAGCCGGAAAUCAAAUUGCCUGAUUCUCCGAAACAAGAACCAUUAAACAGGAAAUCAAGUGAUUUGAACAUGAUUUCUGAAGCUGACGAAUUACCUCCACCAAUCAUGGAACAGAUCAAUGAAGAUGAUGAAUCAAUGACACAUGAAUCAGUUGAAAACAUUGCGGAAACUAAAUCAGACGAAUCAGGAAUCAUUCAAGAAGAAAAAGAAGAAAAACAUGAAGAGGAAGAACAUAAAGAAGAAGAGAAUCAUGAAGAAGAAAAGAAAGAAGAGGAAGAAGAUUCUGAUGUUGACAUUGAUGGAGAGAUAGAAAGAAUGUCUCAACAAUCACAAGCGAAAUAUGAUUUAGAACAGAAACUGAAACAAGAAGAGGAAGAAGAAGAAAAACACGAAGAAAAAAUCGAGGAAGAAGAAGAAAAAAAACAAGAAGAACCAAAAGAAGAAAAGAAACAAGAAGAGGAAGAAGAAGAAUACGUCGAAGAAGAAGAAAUAACUGAAUACCAAACAGACACUCAGACAUAUCAAACAGAACAAACAAAUGUUACUGAAGAAGAAGAAGAAGUUGAAGAAGAAAAGCAUGAACAACAAAAAAUUGAGGAAGAAGAAGAAAAACGUGAAGAACCUGAAGAAAAGAAAACAGAGGAAGAAGAAGUCAAAGAAGAAAAGAAACAAGAAGAGGAAGAAUCAGAAAAUGAAGAAGAAGAUUAUCAAACAACUUCAACAGAAUUGUCUUCAACAACUUCUGAAGAUUUGAGUAACUUGGAACAAGCACAAAACGAUCUAAACAACGUCUUAUCAAAACAAGAAGAACAAAAUCAAGUUGAAGAAAGACAAACUCCUGAUUUAAACAUCCCUCAAAAUGAUCCUUUGAUAACAAUAACUUCUCACAGAAGUCAGCAGUCAAGUGAAGCACAAACACCUAAACUACAGAUCGCAGAAGAAAUAGGAGAUGUCGAUCUCGCUAAAAUGAAUGCAAAACAAGCAAAGAAAAGACCUCCAAGAUCAAGAAACAAUGAAAAGGUUGAAAAAGUUGAAAAAAGUGACAAGAAAUUAUCAAAGAAAGGAACAAAACUCACUGCAAGCAAGAAAGACUUGAGGGGCUCCAAGAAAUCAGUAGAUCACUUCGAUACAAGUGAUCAUAACAACAAAUUAACGAAAGGAAUCACAAUGGAAAGCAUUCAUUCGGAUGAUUCAAAUGAAGAAGAAGAAACUGGACAAUUACAAAAAGAUCAGAUCACAAACAAGUCAAAGGAACAAUUACCAAUUACAAAAGACCAGCCUGCAACGAAAUUAAGUCGUUCCAAUCGUAGUUCAGCACAAAAUUCGACAUCAAAUGUUUCCGUUGAAUCUGUUUCGAAAGUUAAAGCUGUUGCAGGAAACAGAGGCCAAGGAAAGCAAAGGAGAACUAUUGGAAGAAAGAACAAUGAUGAGAAGAUUCCUUUCGAUAAUACAAUCUCAUCUAUCACUGAAGAAGAAGGUCCUGAUCAACCUCCUGAAACUCUCAAGAAAAAAGUUGUCAAAAAGAAAGUUGUCAAGAAAGAAGAACCAAAGGAUUCUCCUCUUGUCAACAGAAAGGACCAACAGAGGAAGGAGGAAGAGGAACUCCUUGCAAAGUUAAUGGCAAAUACAACGGAAAUGAAUAUAACAGCAGAUUUGUCUUCUUUAGGAAUUACUGGACAAAAACAAGUUGUUAAAAUCGAAAAACAGAAAAGUAGAUCUCUUUCUUCACGUAUCAACUUGGAUGAUCCUCCUGAAUCAUUGAAGAUUAUCAAUGAGAGAGAAUCAAAUGAACGUCCGAAAGAGAAAUUCCCGAAUUACACAAUAAUAAGAAACAAAUCUUCAAACGAUUUGCUUUCGAAGAAAGAAUUCGAAAGGCCAAGACUGAGAAUGAUGGCUGAGUACGAGACAAGCUUGGCUCCUAAGGCAUUCAACUCUUUCUAUGCUCCUUCAUUGUGGGAGAGAAGAAGAGGAGUCUUAAGAAGAAAUUCCAUUAUUUAA